AUGUCUCCACCGCCAGCCGCCAGCACGCCCUCGCCCGCCAGUCUGAGUCUGCAGUAUCACCAGUCCAACGGUGCUGGUGCUCACGGCUCCUCAGCCUCGCCCGCUGCAGAUACCGUCAAUGUCAAUGUCAAGACCCAGCAUGAGGAUUCCAUGAUGCUUGAUGACGGUGAGCAGCGGCAGAGCGGUGACGAGGGCGCAAGUGACAACGACGACGACGUGGCCGAGACGGUGAACCGCAAUGGCAAGCGGAAACGUCCCAUCUCUGUCUCUCGCAAUGGCGCGCACUGCGAGUACAAGGAACGCAAAAAGCCCGGCCUGCGCGCCGGGUAUGGGCGCGAGCUGGAGCAACGGCUCAACAAGCUCGAGGAGAUCUUGCGGACCCAUUCAGAGAUUCUUCAGGCCACGAUGACAGUCCAACAGCGUGCGCAACCGUCCAUGCUGUCACACCACAACGCAUCUUCGAGCAUCAGGGGGAGCAUUGCCAGCUUGCCAAGCGACCACGGUACUCCUAGAGAUGUCCAGGCUCCCAAUUUCGCCAGGCCGGACUCGAUUCGCACACCGCAGGCUGAGACAGCGCUGUUCCUGCAGAAGCCGUCAUCAUAUCCUCCGACUACCCAGUCCAUGGAUUUUGGUAUACCUCCACCAACGCCGGGCCUGCAUGACGGCUUCCAACCUCCAGUCACCAUGGCGGGAGUGUCGCCGACAAAUCACAGUCACAUCUCGGCCAUGUCAUCAGUCUCGGUAUCUGGCAUGCCAAGCGCCGCAGCGCAGGAAUACUAUGGUUCCAGUGCUGGCGCUCCACUGCCCUCGCCCACAGUGAACAUGGCACACUCUCAUAAUCAAACCCUUUCAUCAGACCAAGACCUGCCACCUUAUGAUCUCCUCUAUGCUUUGGUCGACCUGUACUUCAAGCACAUCAACACUUGGUGUCCAAUAUUGCAUCGGAAAGCUACACUAGACUCACUGUUCGGGCCGUCCAUGAUAGAGGAGACUGACAAGAUCCUGCUUCAUGCGAUUGUGGCCACCACGUUGCGAUACUCGACAGAUGCCAGGUUAUCAGAAGAGAGGAGGCGGCAUUACCAUGCAGUAUCAAAACAACGUGUCAUGUUGUACGGCAUGGAACACUCUUCGGUCAAAUCCCUGCAGGCCCUUGUCAUUCUCGCCCUCGACCUCGUUGGAGACAGCAACGGACCUCCUGGCUGGAACAUCAUGGCACUCAUUACACGUUCUGUCGUGCAACUGGGUCUCGCCGUCGAGUCCAGCUCCUUUUCAGUCAGCCCGAACUUCACGUCCAUCUAUACUCUCCGUGCCAUGAUCCUGCCCGAAGCAAAGGACUUCAUCGAGGAGGAAAGUCGAAGAAGGCUGUUCUGGAUGAUAUACCUGUUGGACCGCUAUGCGACGAUAGCCACCGCUUUUGAAUUCGCACUCGACGAACGCGAAAUCGACCGCGCCUUACCAUGCCGCGAUGACCUGUGGACAAAGAACCAAAAGGUCGAGACACGAUGGUUCAGUGACCAGCACCACUACGACACACAUCACGAUCAACACAACGGCGAGACGCCAGAACACAAGAUGGACAACCCCCAGAACCUCGGGGCUUUCUCGUAUUACAUCGAGAUACUCGGCAUCUUCUCCAAGAUCCACACGUUCCUCAAGCAGCCCGUCGACAUCUCCGCGCUGUCAGAUGUCGAACAGUGGCAGAUGCGCUACAAAGAGCUCGACAACACCCUGACCUCGUGGAAGUUUGGCCUGCCCGGCGAGUUCGGAAACAUGGCCAAGCUGUUCCAACCAGGUUCGAAGCAGCUCAACUGCGCUUGGGUCAUGCUGCACGCAACGUACCACACCGCGGUGAUCCGCUUGCACUCCUCUGCCGCUUACCCAACGACACGGUCACCUAUCUUCCAUCCAUCAUACAGUGCUAGUCAGAGAUGUCACGGAGCCGUCGAGAACAUCCAAGCACUGGGAGAAUUUGUCAUGACAAAUGGCCUCCUGUCGAAGCUCGGUCCUCCAUUCGCGUUUACGCUGUGGGUCGCGGCGCGUCUGCUGCUCGUUCACGGCAGUACGGUCGAGCACAAGCUGUCCCCGCAGCUACCAUUCUUCGUGGACUGCCUGAGGGAAAUGGGCCUGUACUGGCCCGUCGCAGCACGGUACUGCGGCCUGCUCCAACGAGUGCUGGACGAGUACCGAGAGGUCGAGGGGCAGCUGGCCAUGGGCGGCGAGAGCGGGACGCCGUCGAGCGUCAAGAUCCUGGCUGACAUGAGGAGAACGGCAUUCGACCUGGACUUCCUGAUCAGCCGGCAGCCGCGGCAUGUCAAUCCGGGUGCCAAUGGCCUCGGCAUCUCGGGCACCGGGACAACGCCCGGCCCGGGCGGAAACGCCGGGCUCGGCGCCGGUGGGUUUGGGGGAGGGAGGAACAGCCGAUACCCGAGCGUCACGCCCGCCAGGACGCCACAGCCUAAUGAUCUGGAGUACCUGGACGUGUUCGACUUCUUCAACGUGCCGAGACUGCCCGCCGGGGCGCCGGGCGAGUUGGGCACGAUGGAGAGUAAUGGCCAGGGUAGUAGCAGGGACGGCGGGCAGCCAGCUCUGUCGGGAGAUGGCGGUGCCAAUGGACACGGGAACGCGAACGAGUUCAAUAUCCAGGAGUUCAUGGUUGAUGCCAACCGAGAUUGGUUGUUUAAGCAGGAGGGGGCCAAGUUCCUCAACUGA